CUCUUUCCCUCUUGUGUGCGUGAUAAUUCUAUCCUCACGGCGACACCAGCUCUAAUUCACGUCCUCGUCGACGACGGCAUUUGCCCUUACACUCAUUUCUAAAGUCUGCCUGCAGACGUUUCAUUCCUUCUUACAUUCCAACGACACGAUACGCUGACUCGGCUCUCGUAAUCAUUCAUUCAUUCACUCACUCACUCACACUCGGCUACUUUACCUCGCCAGCCUCACGAAACUUUUCACUCGCUUACCUUUUGUUGAAGACUACGGCCUAAUCUGAUCAUUCCCGAACGACCUAAUUCAACUGCUUUGCUAUCUCGGCUGAAUCUAAGGAGCCACAACCAAAGUGAUUGCUUCUGGGUGUUUCGCCAACUUUUAGUCCAAAUUGCGUCGAAAUAUUUCUGCUGUUGCAGGACCAAUAUCACCCUAUUCCGCGACCGAAAGCAGUAAACCGGGAAUCUCGCUGUACGGCUAUGCUUGAAUUAUAACGAUACCAGAAAGAUAAUACUUUUGCCUCCUGGCCUGGGUUCACCGUUCCGGGACAUAAUCUUUACAACAGGAAGGCUUGUAGUCUAAUCUCGGAGAAGAUGGUUGGAGUAACUGUUCACGAAGGUGAAUACCACUUGGGCUCUCGGAUGCCUGUGAUGGCUAGGGAUGCCAGCACACCGGCGCUACAGAUCGCUGCCGAUGGCCCUGGUUUUUUCAAGCGCCUGGUUGCCCGCCAGUCUUCCGACGACUGCGUCAAUGGUGAACCCUCGAAUCUUUGCGAGAAGCCUGUCACCAGCCAAACCCUAGCCCUUCCUAUAGCACUGGGAGUCACUAUCCCACUGGUUGCAUUGGUAGUAAUGCUCAUCUGGUUGCACCGCAAGAAUGUUCGCAGGCAGAGGCAAGAGGAUGCUAAUGACCCGCAUAAGUCACUCGACUUUGGCCUGGACAUGGGCCCGGGCAAGCGCAAGAGCAAGCUUUUUGGAGGAGAGAAACUUGGCGGCGGCCCUCACAACCGACAGAUCUCGAUGGACAUGAAUCUUUCGAGCCCUUACCUCCUGCCUCCCAACAUGCAGAAUUCCCGCGAGUCGAUCCAUUCCUUGGCCAAGACUCUGCACAACGAGGAUCCUUACCGUCACAUCACCCAGUACAACGCGAGCGAUGCCGGAUCUCUGCGUUCCUAUAAGGCCGGCGGCAUGGAUCGACCCAUAGGCCCCAAGAUCACGGUCCCUACCUCCCGUAAGGGUUCGCUGCAGGCAACCUCGCCGACAUCGACGAUUGGAUCUGUGCCCCCGCGUUACGAAGCAUCUCAGGACGAUUAUGUUAAGCCACCUCCCCCGGCAGCCCUGAAGUCCCCGACACAGGAUUCCACCCCCUACCCCGAUGACAAGUCGGGACCCCUCGCCACAGUUAUGCCCUCCGUUCCCGAGAUCCAGGAACCGAAACCUGCCUCAUUAUCAAAAGAAUCAUCGCAAGCUCCCAGCCUCGCGGCGGUCCCUCCUUCCUCGCCUUUGACAAUCUCGGCCCCGGAGAUCCCUAGCCCUUCCAACGACAACUACAAGGCCUUCAACUUCUCCCAAGACCCCGCCUACAGCCCUCCAACGCAGCCUCUGCCGCAGCUGCCUACCAUCAACACCGAGCUGGCCGCACCCGCCCCCCUCAACCUCGACCGUCAACCAAUGACUGCACCUAUCAUUGGCGAGGGUCAACACGCCGAGAACCUUGAGGAGCAGGUCGAGGAACGUGGAAGGUCACAGCAUCGCCGCCAAUCGUCCGAAUAUCCCCCAGAGCCUUCUCUGGCCAGCCUUGGUCUCCCGCAGCAAGACAACAAGCGCCUCUCAGUUGGUUUCCAGGACAACAAGAGGCACUCCGUCGGCUUCCGCCCGCUGCCUCCUAGCGAAGUCACGGAGUCCGAGGACCCAGAGACCAGGGCCAACCGUAUCCGAUCAUUUUACAAGGAGUACUUCGACGACAGCAAGAACGCAGACCCGAUGCCCCCACUGCAGGAGGGAUACAACUACCACCCAGGCAGUGGUCAGGGGAACAACCAGGGCGCCCAGUACUACGAAGACUACGACCAGAGCUACCUCAACGACGCCGCUUACUAUGACCCUGAUACCAAUUCAUUCGUCAUGCCAUACGCCCAGCCCGUCGCUCGUCGUGCCAUGACACCCCCUCCGUCUGGAUCUCGGUUCCCCGGGCCCAGGGGCGGCCCUCGGCGGCCCCACGCCGGUUCUAUUGGUGGAAUGAGCCUGCCAGGUCACCGCGGACCUCCUCGUCGUCCCGGAUCCGCUAAUUCAAACGGCCGAUGGGGUCCCAGCCCCAGGCCUGGAUCAUCUGCAUCCAACCCACACAACCGCGGCAGGGCUGGAAGUGCCAUGUCUGCCUCGAGGAAGCCAAUGCCGCCACCUGCAGCUCUGACUAGCCUCCCCAACCCCUCAAAGCUCCGCGAUGAUUCUUUUGCAAUCAUGGCUGCUGUUGAUUUCGCACCACCUUCCACCUUUAAGGACCAGGCUGUUGGCCGAUCGCAGAGCCCCGCUGGAGGAGAGAGGAUUGCUUAUCAGGCGCCUGCCAUUCACUCUCCCUUGGUGUCUGCAUUUGACGAAAUGGCAGCCCUCCCAAGCCCUCACCUCCUGAGGAAAUCUAGCACAUUCACCGGUCUUGAUUUCGCACCUCCCCGGAAGUUCAAGGAUGGGGACACGAUGAGCGACGCGGGCAGCAUCCGCAGCAACCGCAGUGGUAUCUCAGCCGUUCAGCUCGGUGCCAUUAGAAGCGGCGCUGGGCGUGUCAGCCGCCUGCCCGGCGACCAAAUCUUCACCAAGGCGGCCAUGGACGAAACUCUUAAGCCAUCAUGGAAGAUGCGCGACUAAGAGGCCACUAAUGGUUGUUUUUAUUCCGUUCGCUAAAAGCCAUGAUGAAGUUGUUCCUCGCCUCGCUUGCUCUUUCGCGCAUCAGCAUCGGAGUUUGUUUGUUUUUUUUUUGUUUUUUUUUUGGAUUGCACGACCUGGCCAUCUACAGACUACUUAGUCGUGGAUUUCUAUGCUCACGCCUCUCAUAUACCUUCCAUCGUCCUGCCAUUUGACCGAUGGGAUGAAUGUGAUGACACUGGGUAAUGUCUUGUUUUUUUUUCUUCUUAUUUUGACGUGUACAUAUCACAACCACUUGUGUCAAAAUCACGUGAAGAGGUGGCCUGACAAAACACCAAAAGGAUAGUCUCUGGGAUCAUUUUGUUUUCAUUUGACCUUGCUAGACACCAGCCUUUCCAUGGUUACUACUCUGUUAUGAAUUUUUCUUCUUUCUCCAUCACCGAAUAGACAGGGUACUCAUCAGUAAUUCGAGAGCGACUACUUUCUCGAUAUUAACUGUACAUAGAGAUUGGUUGGGACCCGCAUGGAAAUAACAACAAAAACAAAACAAAAAAAACAAUUCAAUGACACAAAGAGAUGCAAAAAAUCAGACGCGUUAAAGUCUAGAACUAGGUCUAGCUAUUCAUUGGACGAACUUUUGCACUAGGCGGUACAUGCCGUAAUUGAGCUCAUCAAAUUAUCUGAUCAUUACUCGUGCUAGACACCUUGCGUAGAAACCUAUCCCACAUGCCUUUUUUCCAGAAG